AACCGGGAAGCAGGAAUGUCCUUUAGCAGAAGGAACUGGUCCGAUCUCUCCAGCCUGGCCAGGCAGAGGACCCUGGAGGAUGAGGAGGAGCAGCAAAGAGAGCGCCGGCGAAGGCACCGGAACUUGCUGUCGUCCACAUCCACGGAUGAGGAACCUGCCAGCCCUGUCAAAGACACCAGCCCAGCUGCCAGCAGAUCUCCAUCCCUGCUGAAGCCGCAGUCUCUGGAGGAUGGGGAGGAGCAAAAGCCCUCGGAGGUGCUGAAUGCACAAGAAGGGAGAAGGACGAGGUGCCUCCCGCCUGUGUGUGAAAAACUGAGGCAGGAGAAGGAGGCAGGGGUGGAAGAAAGCUGCCCAGAGAGAGGGCCACAGCCCUGGGGGAAGCAGGAAAGCAGCCGGGCUGCAGAGCGGGCUCAGGAGGCAGCUAAGGGCAGAGGGGAUCUGCCAGGAGACAAAAACCUGGAGCCAGCAUCUGAGAGGAAGGUGGUGGUGAGGGCACGGCUCCAGGACAAAGACCAAGGAGUGUGGACUCCUCGGGGGGAGCAGAGGAAGGAGGCGAAGGAACCACCAGAGGUGGGGAGCUGCCGGCUCCGGGAGGUGAAGAUUCUCACCAGGGUGGGAAACUGCAGCACAGAAGAGAAAACCUCAGCAGUGACCUCAUCUCCAGAGCAGCAGCAGCCAUCCAGGAAUCCCUCAAAGCAGGUAAUCCAGCUGUCCCCUCCCCAAGAUGAGCCUGCAGAAAAGCCAGACCCUUCUUCAACUCAUGUCACCUUCAGCAGCUCCAUCCGACGGGCCAGCCCACGAACCGUCUCCUUUCGGAUCAUCUCCAGGAACCAGAAAGAGAGCCAAAGCCCUCUCACAAGGAGUGCGAGUCUGAGGAUCCCAGGCAGCAAUAGCACCAUUGGGGAGAAGCUGGAAAAGUACAACUCGGCGGUGCAGCGCUCGGAGGGGGUGAAAUCCUCCGUGCCUGUCCAGAAGAGUCGCCUGCUCUCCUCGGAGGGGGUGGCGAGCAAGCGCAACUUCUUCGAGGGAAGCGCUCCCAGCAAGGCGGAGCCGGCGGCUCUCAGGAAGGACAGCCUGAAGAUCCCAGGAUCGGUGACAUCCCGCAUUAAUCUGUGGAUCAGCCGAGCUCAGGAGCCUGCCAAGGAGGAAAACAGCAAGGAAAUCCGGAGAAUCAACAGCCUGGCAAAGCGAGACAUCUGGAUAAAGCAGCCUGGAGACACGUCUGGAGACACCAAGUGCAGCAUCCCGAGCUCGGAGCAGCGGCUGAGGGAGCCGGGUCGGAGCUGCCUGGCAGGGUCUGCUCCUGCACUGGUGACAGCGCUGCCUUAUCAGCGUCCCGGCCCCGAGCCUUUCCCAGACCCCGCCGGCUCCCCGCGCUCCCCGGCAGCACCGGCGCUCAGCACCUUGAUGGGUGCCCAGGUAGCUCGGGUGGAUUUUGGCUGCCCUGGUUCCAGGGAAGUCUCCCAGAUCCCCGUUCCCUGCUCGUCUGCAGGGGACCGCAGGGACGUGACGCCCACGGCCAGCCUGGCCCUGGAUCUCUGGCAGCCCAGGGGGUGGGUUAGUGGUGGGAUGCUCCUGUACCCUGUCAAGCAGGACUGGAGCAGGGACAUGACCCAUUUCUGGAGCAAACGGUGGGAAAGGAGAGCUCCACGUCUGGGCAGCCUGGAGGAAAGCAGAGGAUUAACUCAGCCCGAGAUCUGUGAGCAGCCAGCCCUGAGCUAA